AUGGGAGGUGCGACAUCGUUGCUCAGCCUACUCGUGGAACAUUGCCAGCGUUGGACGAUCCUUGAGCUUCGGUGGAACACCGUUCACGAGAUUGAGACGAAAGUAGUCGAUGCCCUGGGCAAGGCAUCCGGGAAUACACCCCUCCUCGAACGUGUUCUCAUUGACAGCAUCAAGAGUCAUGAAAUAGGGUUUCUUCAGCCCGGCGCGAGCCCAGCCCUUCGGGAGCUCUUUUGGAGGGGGUAUCUCCAAGGGUGGCGGCCCUUUUCCUUCAAGAAGAACGGAGCACCGUGGGCAUUGCUUGUCAAGCUUACUGUACACAGACUAUCCACGAGUGAUUUCAUCCUCAUUCUCAAACGCUGCCCGAAUGUCGAAGAAUGCAGGGUUUCCUCGUUCACGACCCACAACGACUUCCAGCCUAGCAGCGACGACGGAGAGUUCACCUCCUUCCCGUCAAUCACACUCCUAGAAAUCCAAGAGUUUGGAGACAUUUCAGUACUCAGAUACAUCCGUGCCCCGUCACUGCGGCACUUGUCAAUUGCACAGGGUCCGAGUUCGUUGAGGCUUCUUCCCCACCUAUAUCCCCUUGACUGUCUCAUCAUCUUCAGUCACAUCUCGGAGUUCAAGCUCGACUAUUUCGGCCUGUCGGUGCAUGAGGAAUUCCAUAUUCAGCGCUUGAAGCGUCUCUUGUCGUGCAUAGGUACAGUUACAUCUGUAUACCUUGAAACCUGUGGCGCUGUCGACUAUGAUACAUGGCAGCGCGUCAUCCCGAACAUCCUCAAUCCCUCGAAGGUCUUGCCAUCGGAGACGGUCCUCCUUCCCAACAUCCAAACAUUGCAGUACUUCACAGACAUGCCAGAGCGGGCAAUGCAGCCGAUGGCCGCUAUGGUGAGACAGCGGUGGAAUAUAAGCCAGUCUACUCUCCCUCCGAAGUGCGCGAAGUUAAAGACGCUGAGAUUGAACAAGAAGUCGAAGAGGGCACUGUCAUCCCUCCUGACUAGAGAGUGCGAAGAAGGGUUUGAGUUGAUUUACGAUCUACAGUAUCAAGGACAUCCUUACGUUGGUUUCAACGCCGCUGAGAUGCCACUAUGA